AUGUCUGGGUCUCUCGGCGAUGGGGCUGUGGAACAGGAGUCUUCCCGGCGCCGUUGUCGACUACGCGUCGACCACUUCGCUGGAUGCUGCGAGGCGUUCGAACGCCCUGAAGACCGACAUCGUUACGAUGGAGAACACCGUCGAGGACUUGACGAGGACGGUCCAGAAGAAGCAAAUGAUCUCCACGGCUCAGAGCGCUCAGAACCGAGCGGCCCAAGUUGGAGGCGGACUGCAACGAGGUGGCAGGACAAGUCAUUUCGUGAGGAGGUGGAAGCACUCCGAGCCAUCAUCGAUCACGUCGAGGAAACGGCUGCCUCCGACCGCGAGACUUCGGCGAGGACGGAGGGCGACCCCGUCCCAAACCUCAGUACCGCCGAGGGCACCAUCGCCGCCCUCACAGAGACCGUGGGCGAGCAGCAGCUUGCCACCCAGAGGGAGUCGGAGCGAUCGGACCUCUCCCUCCGCCUGGUAGAAAGCAAUCGUGAGGCAUCUCUGCAAGAAGCGGCCAAGGCUCGAGCAUCCACGCUCGCUGUUCGGGAGGGCCUGGAGUCCUGCGAGCAGGAUCUGGCCGAGAUCGACAGCGCGUCCGUCGAUAUCUCGCUCUUCGCGGCGGAGAGGCCCAACGAGGGAAACUUGCGCGCGUCCGCGACUUGCGGAUGUAGCGAAGCUGGGCGUGAACGACUGCUCGGCUUCCCACGAGGCGGCUCAGGGGACGUGGAGGGAGGAGCUGGAGGACGAGCUGACCGUUUCCGAGUAGGAGCCUCUGGGGGCGGCGGCGUGGGCGCGCGGGCGGCCAAGAUCAGGGAGGCUCGCAUGACCGCGGGGCAGAUAAAGGCGGAGCUGGACGCCCUAGGCGUGAGCUACGUGAGCCUGUUGGAGAAGUCGGAGUUCGUGAUGAAGCUCGCGGAGGCGGAAGACGAGAAGAAGGAGAAGGAGGAGGAGGCAGCGUCGCCUGCCGGAGAAGACGCCGCCGAUGAGGCCUCCGCGAUGCUCGUCUCCGCGAUAAAGGAGGAGCUCGACGAGCGAGGGGUCAGGUACCGAGGGCUCUUCGAGAAGUCGGAGUUCGUGGACCUCCUGGUCGACGCUAGGGCCAAGGGGAUCACCGCACCUCCGCCAUCAUCGUCCGGCGACACCGAUGGUGGUGCUGGGAGCGGAGGGGGGGCAUCCGCCAGGCACAAGACCAGGCCGACGCCGCCUACAAGGACGUCGAGGUGA